AUAUACAGGAAAUUGAGGCCGAAGGGGAAGGAAGUUCGCGAGCAAAAUAAAACGUUUUCGUUGUCCUCUCUUCACAUUUCUGKCUGUACAAUGGAUUGGAAGGGAGAUACUGGCGGUCACAACCAUGACAGUUGCCAUGGCCACGGGGGUGACUCGCAUGUGCCUGCGGUGCAGGGAUUCGGGGAUCACGGCAGUAGGAUGGCGCACGGAUUCAUGCCUGCUUUCCAUGGCCAGUUUGGCCCAAGAGCUGACCAGAUAGAUCACACUCAGCAGCCCAAGAAACGGUCGCAUAUGGAUGACAGCAGCAGCUGGGACAUUGUCACGGCAACACAGUUUGGUAUCCUGGACCGAUGUAAGGAACUGGUGGAGGCUGGUUACAAUGUGAGGCAGCCUGACAAGGAGAAUGUCUCCCUCCUACACUGGGCAGCCAUCAACAACCACGCAGAGGUGGUCAAGUAUUAUAUAUCCAAAGGGGCCGUCAUAGACCAACUAGGUGGUGACCUGAACUCCACACCCCUGCAUUGGGCCAUAAGGCAAGGCCACCUCUCCAUGGUGAUCCAGCUGCUGCGGUACGGAGCCGACCCAUCUGUGACCGACGGGGAGGGCUACCGCAGCCUGCAUCUGGCAAUCCUCUUCCAACACAUGCCCAUAGCAGCCUACCUCCUGGCCAAGGGACAAGAAGUUGACCUUCCUGACUCAAGUGGGCAAACACCCCUGAUGUUGGCAGCACAGAAAAUCAUUGGGCCCGAGCCCACUAACUUCCUGAUGAAGUGCAAUGCRUCGGUGAGUGCGGUGGACAAAGUGAACAGGAACUCUCCGCUGCACUGUGCCGUGCUGGCGGGAAACGUGGACGCCGCCCACAUCCUGCUGGAGGCCGGGGCUAGCGUGGAUGCCGAGAACGCCAACGGUCACAGUCCCAUAGACCUGGCCCACCAGGUGCACAGCCCCCUGCUCCUCCACAUGCUCAACCACGUCAAGCAGGAGAGGAUACGCUCCAGCUCCCGCUGCCUGCGCCUAGUURACCGAUACAGGGUGUGUCUUCAGUUUGUGUUCUGCGUUGCUGUGCUGGGCAGUGUGGGAGCGAUAGCCGACUUGAGCUCAGAAUCCUGGCUGCUGAAAGGGGUUCUGCUGGCCUGUGUGAUGGCUGUGGUCAACCUGGCCCAACGGCAGUUGGCGAGCCCGGCCCUGCAGUCGCUGGUUCCUGCUACAGCUCUCAUGGCAUCAAUCUUCUGGAUGCUGGUCACCUGGUGCCUGUGCUUCCUGCCUGAUGGUCCCAGUGCCACGGUACAGGUGUUGUUCACGUUCAACGCCACGGCUCUGCUCUACUACUACCUCCGCUCCUGUAGGACUGACCCCGGCAUCGUCAAGGCAACUGAGGAAGAGAAAAAGCUGAAUGUGGUGUUGCUGGCAGAGGCGGGCUGCUUGGACCCCAGGAUCUUCUGCACUUCCUGUAUGAUGAAGAAGCCUAUGAGGGCCAGUCACUGCUUCUCCUGUGACGCCUGCGUGGCAAAACAGGAUCAUCACUCCGUCUGGAUCAAUGGCUGCAUAGGUGCCAGGAAUCACCACUUCUUUGUUCUCUUCCUGCUCUAUCUCUGCCUGAUGGGAGCGUGGAUGUUCUACGGAUGUCUCGUGUACUGGUCAAAGCACUGCCCGYUGCACUACCAGGAGGAGGGUGUGUGGGGUGCCAUCUCUGCCCUGGUGGGCUGUUCUUCCUGGGUACUGGGUGUCUUCUGUCUAGCUUUCUUCCAUACCACCUGGGCUUCCAUACUCCUGGUCAUACAGCUCUACCAGAUUGCGUUCUACGGCCUGACAAACGCAGAGAUUGCAAACCUGGUGCUUCGUCAGAGGAAACUCCCACAAUCCAUCUCUCUCAGACAGAACCCUUACAAUUUGGGUGUGGUGCGGAACCUUGUGUCGUUCUUCCAGCUGCGUUGCUGUGGGCUGUCCAAGCCCGCCACGGUCGACUGGACCCAGCAGUACCCACCCGGCCGAGACCACAUGUUCGGCCAGCCCGACAUCGUCUGACCCCACAGGGGGGCAGCUAGGACCUGGAUCCACUAUCGUUCUGGACCAAACAGAUGAAGCUUGUUUAUUUUUAAAAAUCUUUUAUAUAUUUUGGACUGCCUGUGAAGAAACACCACUAUAAAGGGAAAUGGCAUGGA